AUGAGUCUUUUCCCUACUCCCCAAAGAAAUAAUCACCUCGUUGAGUUCAAUGCAGGUAAAUGUAUUGAAGAAGGUACAACCAUUAAGCCUGAUGUCAGAAAGGGUGUCGUUUAUAUGGAUCAGAGCGACGAUCAACUGAUGCACUUUUACUGGAAAGAGCGUAAAGCUGCUGAUCCUGAGGACGAUUUUAUCAUUUUCCCCGAUGAAGCUGAAUUACUUCGUGUUGACCAAUGUACAACUGGCCGUGUUUAUAUCUUGAAGUUCAAGUCUUCCAAUCAAAAGAAGUUUUAUUGGAUGCAGAGUAAAAAUGAAGAGAAGGACGAGGAGCUUGUCAACCGUGUAAACCAGCUUAUUAACGAUCCUCAAAGUGCAACCAAUGACGAUAACAGUCGUGAUGGCGAUAUUGAAUUUGAGGGUAAUGCUCACUCUGAUUUGAUGCAGAUCUUGGGGGGUGGUAGCAAUGGUCAAGGUGAUUUAGAUAUGAAUAUGACACAGGAUAACCUUUUACAGUUCAUUCAAAACGCUGGUGGAUUAGGAAGUGAUCUUUCCUCUUCUUUGCCUGGAAAUGUCAUUCCUAGUUCUCAAUGGUCUGAUUUAAAGACUAAACUCACUCAAGUAACUGUGCCUGAAGGACAAGCUGCAAUCGAUGUACAUGACGUCUUGGAAAUUGAUACGCUUGAGGCUAUUCUUGCUGAUUCAGAUAUCCGCUCUGCCUUAUUUCCUUUCAUCAGCGAAAACUCAAGCAGAACUAAAGCUGAUGUUGAGCAAUUGAUUCAAAAUGAACAAUUCCAACAAAGAUUGCAACUUUUGAGUACUGCUAUUCAGCAAGACACUUUAAAUGCCAUUCUCGAAGAUUUGGAUUCUGAAAAAAAUUUAAAAUCUUUCUUGAAAGCAGCUGAAGAGCAAGCCAAGCGUAAAGCACACAGAGAUGCGGAUGCUAUGGAUGAAGAUUAA